AUGACGCAUCUCGAGUCCGUCUCCUUCGUCGGUAGCUACCUUGCCGUCGCCGAGACGGAACGGCAGGGCCUCUGCCCGACCUGCGUCGAGCGCCGCGCCACCAACGAGCACGAGCUGGCCAUCGCCAACAUGGGCUACCGGGCCGCCGUCACAGCGUGCACGGAUCAGGGCCUUGUCUACAAGCACCUGAGCCUAAGGCAGAUGAAGGAGGCCCUCUUGCUCUACCAGCGUCGUCGCCAGGUGCCGUUCAUGGCGAUGAACAAGGCGCAGCUCGCGAAGAUCUGCAGCUACGCUCGCUCGGCCUCGGCGGUGGCGGAGGGCGGUGAGCCGAUCUCUUCCGACAAUAUGGACCAUUGGGAGAUGAUCGAGUUCCUCACCUCCUUCUGUGGCUCGCCCUGCGCCCCGAACGGCAUCCUCAACGACGCUUCGGACUGGGAGGAGGAGCCGGCCGAUCAGGAGGAGGAGCAGCUGGCGUCGCUCGAUCGCACGCCACUGGCGGACACCACCAACGCUGCAGCCUGGUCUUCGUCCACCUCGGCCGCGGCCGCCGCUCCUCGAUACAAGUGGAGCCUCGACCAGGCCACCGCCAAGUACGAAGCGCUUCGAGCUGCCCUUCGCGCCGGCGUCGACAUACGUGAGCAGCUCGACGGCAAGCCCAUCAACACCGUCACGCCAGCGCAGCUGGCGAGGGACAUUGCAGCCGUCCUCCGCAAGCCCUCCUUCCGGCCUGUUCCCGUGCCUCCUCUGCCUACGCAGCCGCUCGCGACGCCGAGCCAGCCUUCUGGCACGAUCGAGGGCAUCACUCCGCUCUCGCUGCGUUGCCACUCACUCGACCCGCAGCGCCAAUGCUUCGUCGGCAUCGGCCGACUGGGCCUGCUCUACACCCGCAACCAGUUCGCCAGCCUGAGCCACCAGCUGGAGCACAUCAUCGAUCACACAGAGGAGGUCAACCCCGGCUUCCGACUCUGCUGGCUCUGCUCCAGCCGGUUCUGCACCAAGGAGGACGCCAAGCACGUCGAACAAUGUGGAGAGGCCUACUUUUCCACCGGUCCGCGGCCCUUGACCUUGGCCGGCCUCGAGCUCCACUACUGCCUCUCCAACGCAACUACCAUCCUCGACAUGGUGUACUACAUGCCUCUCAACGUCGACCGGACCGUCUACAGCAGACGCGACCGCUGGCAGCGGCAGAUCUACAACCUCCUCACCGACACCUCGGUGACCCUCCCCGGCGGCCGAUCCCGGCGGCAGCAAGAGGUCCAAGUGGCGACUGAUGCAGUCCAAGACGUACGAGUGCAUCGCGCCGUACCGUACCCAGUCCAGGCAAAGUUUUGCUUUCUUCCCGUCCGGCCGAAUACUGCCGUCGACCCGUCGACCCGUCAACCGACGCUUCGGCAAGCUCGGCCCACAGCAGUUCCAAGAAAGACGACCUUCAACGAAGGCCUCCAGCACCUUCGUUCCCAGCGCAGAGCUCAUUGA